GUGUGCGUGCACUGGGGCGACAUCACUUCCUUCCCUGCGCUCUGGUAUUCUCGCUUCUUCCACAUAAUCAGGAAUUACUCAUAAUAAUCAGUGUCUCCAUUAUUGUACGGGAAACGGUCAGACGGGGUUCCCAACCUGGGGACAGUCUUGGUGAUUACAACUUGGAUAAGAAGAAAUUCCUGGAGAUCUUCUUUAUGCUAACCAUCGCUGAGCUGGAGAGACCAGUUGGAUGGACAGCUUCUGGAUUUGGAUAUUACAUAUUUCAGAUUUCACACUGAGACAACAGGAUAAAAUGUUGCCCCUGCAAAAACAGGAUCAGUUUGACAACUUGGAGAAGCACACACAGUGGGGGAUUGAAUUUGUGGAGAGGUACACCAAAUUUGUGAAAGAGCGAUCAGAAAUCGAAAUCAACUAUGCAAAACAAAUUAGGAAUUUAUCAAAGAAGUAUCAGCCCAAGAAGAAUUCAAGAGAGGAGGAAGAGAGCAAGUACACAUUCUGCCGAGCUUUCCUCUUGACACUUAAUGAGUUAAAUGACUACGCCGGCCAACACGAAGUUAUUGCAGAGAACUUGACGUCUCAAAUCAUCACAGAACUGUCUCGAUACUUGCAGGAGCUCAAGACAGAAAGAAAAUCGCAUUUCCAGGAUGGGCGUAAGGCACAGCAGCAAAUCGAGAGCUCAUGGAAGCAGCUGGAGUUGUGUAAAAGAAGGUUUGAGAGAGACUGUAAAGAGGCAGACAGGGCGCAGCAGUACUUUGAGAAGAUGGAUGCUGACAUUAACGUGACGAAAGCCGACGUGGAAAAGGCACGACAGCAAGCCCAGAUGAGGCACCAGAUGGCUGCAGACAGUAAGAAUGAUUACUCCUCCUACCUGCAAAAGUUCAACCAGGAGCAGAACGAACAUUACUUUACAGUUGUCCCCAACAUAUUCCAGAAACUUCAAGACAUGGAGGAGAGGAGAAUUGAGAGGAUUGGAUUGUGCAUGAAGACGUUUUCAGAUGUGGAUCGCCAAGUGCUGCCCAUAGUGGGGAAAUGUUUAGAUGGUAUGACAAGAGCUGCUGAGUCCAUCGAACCCAAAACUGACUCGAAGCAGGUGGUGGAGUCAUACAAGUCGGGGUUCGAGCCCCCAGGUGAUGUUGAAUUUGAGGACUACGGCCAGGCCAUGAAGAGGACGACGUCUGACACCAGCCUGUCCAACUCCAAAGAGGGAAAGGAGAAGCCAGCCGGAAAGAGCAAGGGCAAACUCUGGCCUUUCAUUAAGAACAAGAACAAGCUUAUGUCCCUGUUAACGUCCCCCCACCAGCCCCCACCUGCCCCCCCUGCCUCAUCCCCACCCUCACCCUCUGCUGUUCCCAACGACCCCCAGUCUCCCAAGCAGCACAAGGAGCCCCUCUCCCACCGCCUCAACGACUUCAUGGCCUCCAAACCCAAAAUGCACUGCCUCCGGAGCCUGAGGCGAGGGCUUUCUCUCAAGCUGGGUUCUGGACCUGAAGACUUCAGCCACUUGCCCCCAGAACAGAGGAGGAAGAAGCUGCAGGGCAAAAUUGAUGAACUAAAUAAGGACAUUCAAAAAGAAAUGGAUCAGAGGGAUGCACUAACCAAAAUGAAAGAUGUGUAUGUGAAGAACCCUCAGAUGGGAGACCCAGCCAGCGUUGAUCCCCGGCUAUCAGAAAUAGAACAAAAUAUCGAGAAGCUGCAGAAUGAAGUGCAGAAAUUUGAGGGCUGGUUAGCAGAGGUUGAGGAGAGGAUGCCAUCCAAGAGCGACACGUACCGUAGACAAAGUGGACUCUAUGAGACCCAGAACACCACAUCAGUAAGCAACAACUGUGCCCAGGACAGAGAGAGCCCGGAUGGCAGUUACACAGAGGAGCAGAACACAGAGACUCAGGUCAAAGCCACCAUUAAUGCCAACCCCACCUCCUCCACGCCGGAGUUCGAUGAUGAGUUUGAUGACGAAGAGACGUUGCCCACCAUCGGCACCUGCAAAGCCUUGUACCCUUUUGAAGGUCAUAACGAGGGUACCAUUGCUGUGGCAGAGGGUGAGCUGUUAUACGUCAUUGAAGAAGACAAAGGAGACGGCUGGACACGAGUGCGCAGAAACGAGGAGGAGGAGGGUUAUGUCCCUACAUCCUACAUUGAGGUCUUUUUGGAAACAAAUGCCAAAGGUGCAAUGACGUACAUCUAACUCUGCAAAUGUGUU